CUGCACGAGUGCACGUAGUAGAUGGACCGUAGAGAUCACAGUAGUAAGGCACAAAAAAAUGCAGGAGGCGGGAACAGUAAAUAGAUAAGCCAGUGCCCAGCGCUCGUGGAUGCUCAGCGCAACAAGUUAGCUUGUUAGUCAGCCGAAAUUUCAUCUACUCGGUGCUCCCGCCUUUGUGUUGACAGCGCGACAACUCUGACAACCGUUUCCCCCCUUCCAGUCUUGUCUACCAUUUUCACUUUACCCACGGACUUCUUCCUUUUAGAAUACGAUUAUGUGGACAUUCGACCCUAAUUUCUCUUCUCUGAGCCCGCCGCGGAAAUGAUAUACUCGACAGCAUAUCUACCCAGUUUCCACGGCUGAAUAUGAUGGAACACCAGGAGCAGAGUGAUGACAUCAGUGUCCUGAGCCCGCUGGAGUUGCUGGCAGAGGCCGCUAAGGAGGAUGAUGGACACUGCCAACCACAGUUCAGGCUGCAACUGAUUGAUGACCUGACCUAUGAAGAUGUCAAGAAAUGCUACAGGGGCUCGACCGUCAGCAAGUACAAUUCCCAGUACCACAAGCUGUUCCAGACAGUGCCCAAGGAGGAGAUCCUCAUGAAAGUGUAUUCCUGCGCUCUUCUCCGAGACAUCCUACUUCAGGGCCGCCUCUACAUCUCCCGCAACUGGCUGUGUUUCUAUGCCAACCUCUUUGGGAAGGACAUCAAGGUGGCCAUUCCGGUGGUGUCAGUACGGCUGGUGAAGAAACACAGGACAGCAGGCCUAGUACCUAACGGGUUGGCCAUCACUGUGGACACCAGCCAGAAGUAUGUGUUUGUGUCCUUGCUGUCCCGAGACAGUGUCUACGAUGUCCUCAGGAGGAUCUGUACACACCUUCAGGUGAAUGGGAAGAAAAGCCUUAGCCUGAAGCAGUACUUGGAGGAGCCUAGCUCACUAUCUAUGGAUGAGUUCCCUGUGGUCAAUGACUUCCCUCCAGUGUUGAAGUGGAGGAGAAAGCCGUCCAUUCCGUCCGUGUCCUCCUCUCUCCCAGACCUCCUGGGAAACUCCACCAGCAGCCUGAGUGCAGUGGACACCCCCUACCUACCCACUGAGGUUCCACUGAUAUUGAAGAGUAAGAUCAAAGAGCGGAGUCUGGAGACAGAGAAGAUCCUCCUGACAGAGCCAGUGCCAGAGCUGGGCCACAUGGAGUACCAGCUGCUCAAGUUCUUCAUCCUUCUUAUCAUUCUGCUCAUCAUGUCCUCCUGCUACCUGGCCUUCCGUGUGUGUAGUCUGGAGCAGCAGCUGUCCUUCCUCAAUACACACCCGACAGUGCACAUGAGAGAGAGGUAACACUUGCUGUAUGCUGCGUCCCCAUUGGACCUGUCAGUCACGGAGGUUCUCCUGAUGAUUGGGCAAACAGAGACUCGGUUCAUUUACCUGUCCCACCAUGUAGGUGUGGAGGAGUGCCCUGCUGGUUCAAUGAGAAGACAAUGACUUGAGAAAAGCCAAGACCUGAAGCAAAAACUGCACUUAAACAGACAGCCUAGUAGGUGGUGCCAAUGAGUCAAUAAUCCUCUUGUCAUUCCUUAGAAAGACUAUGGACCCCACGGACAGGAGACUAGGAUGGAAUGAGGAGAAUGGAGGAGGAUUGGAAGUAGAGGACUACAGAGUAGAUGUCAAUAGGGCCGUGCCAACCAAGUUCACCUGAUUUUGACCUUUGACCUCAAUGUCCUUAUUUUACUGCCAAGGAAUUACAAUUCCACUCGACUGAUCAGACACUUUCGCAUUCAGGAUUUCAGAGACUAGAGUCUUUUUUUCCCAGAGACUUUUUCAACAGGAACACUUUUUGUGUACACUUUUGUGGAGAGUUGCUGCCAGAGAGACUGAAGACAAGGCAUUCCAUUCUGAUCAGGAACUCAACCUGACCUGGUCAAACAGUUCCCACCGCAGCCCACAAGGCAAUGUUUACUGAGCACGGUCACUAAGGCACGAACUCUCCUGUACCCUAAUGAAGAAACUAUUUCAAUAGACAUUAUUAGAACUUUAUCUGUCUGUCAGAAUUGUGAGAUGAUAUGCUAGAGUUAGGGCUGAAUUAUAGCGGUCUUGCCAUGCAAACUGAAAACACGGUACCGUGUGUGUCAGGUGAGGUCGACAAGUCAUGAGGUGAAAGGUGCGCGUGUGUGUGUCAGUGUGGGUGCGUGUUUAUGUGUGUAUGAGUGUUUUCAACAUUAUGUGUGCAACUUAACAAGUGGCUAGGACUAUCUCAAGGUAGCGUGCAGCUUCUCCACCUGACAAACGAUGCCUGCAUGUAAUGUAAUACUAGAUAUUGACUGAAUUGUAAAGCCAUUGUCUGUGACACUGUUGCAUGGAUGUUAUCGAUGGAGUGGGACUAACGCAGAGUAAAGCAGUGAAGGUAUUGUGAGAGACGCAGGUUGACAGUGAAUGUCGUUGCUGUUCGCUUGUUCUUUAAUGUUCCAUGUGGAGGUGUGUACUAUAGAGAUUGUACAGUACUUGAAACCUAAUCAUGCAUUUCAUAGGAGAUUAUGUAUUUAUGUAAUCCAUGGUGUGGAAAAAUAUGGCCUCCACUUCAGCUACUAGGUGCACCUUUUAAAGCGUAUCCGAGGCUGGGCAGAGAGAAUUGUGUAGACUAGAGUGUAUUUACUACUAGAGCCUGUAUGUAUUUAUUUGUGUGCAAUUUUGUACUGAGUCAGAAAGGCAUGUUGUUUUUAGUGAGUCGGUGUGGGUGUUUGUUCACUGACGUAUUUCUGACAUGGGUCGUGUUCAUUUUGCACAAAAUGGGGGGGGGGGCUGAUUUGAAAUGAACUACUUGGAUUUGUCCAAUCGUGCCCUAAUGAACACGACCCUGUCUUGCAGUAGGGCUGGAGUCACAGCAGUGCCAUGCGUAACUGUGAGACAGCAGUGACUAAUAAACAGCCUUCCUUGCCUGUGCCUCUUGUGACCUUUGACCUCUUGUGCACACACUUCUUUGCCCGUGCCUCUUGCGACCUUCCACCUCAUAUAACUGGAUCCCAACACUGGAAAUGGAAACAUCUGGAAGAAAUAAUGGAGGAACAUCAACACUAGGUCUUCCCCCUACUGACCUACAGCCUAUUUACCGUGCAGGGGGUUACUUUAUUACAAGUGUAUGAGAUGUUAGUUUAGUUGGGAGAGGCUAUGGUAAACACAGUGAUGAAAUGUCCACUCCCUUUUUAUGUAUCGGAGGGUUAAAUGUAUGUAUUUAUUGUUUGCAGAUGUGUUCUAAUGCUUACGGUGCAUUCGGAAAGUAUUCAGACCCCUUGACUUUUUCCACAUUUUGUUACGAAACAACCUUAUUCUCAAAUUGAUUAUAAACAAAUGUUUCCCUCAUCAAUCUACACACAAUACCCCAUAAUGACAUAGCAAAAACAGGUUUUUAUACAUUUUUGCAAACAUAUUAAAAGUAAAAGAGUGAAAUAUCACAUUACAUAAGUAUUUUGACCCUUUACUCAGUACUUUGUUGAAGCACAUUUGGCAGCGAUUACAGCCUUGAGUCUUCUUGGGUAUGACACUACAAGCUUGGCUCACCUGUAUUUGGGGAGUUUCUCCCAUUCUCUGCAGAUCCUCUCAAGCUCUGUCAGGUUGAAUGGGGAGUGUUGCUGCACAGCUAUUUUCAGGUCUCUCCAGAGAUGUUUGAUCGGGUUCAUGUCCAGGCUCUGGCUGGGCCACUCAAGGACAUUCAGAGACCUGUGUUAUCUUGGCUUUGUGCUUAGGGUCGUUGUCCUGUUGGAAGGUGAACCUUCGCCCCAGUGAGUCCUGAGCAGGUUUUCAUCAAGGAUCUCUCCUCUCUGUACUUUACUCCGUUAAUCUUUGCCUCGAUCUUGACUAGUCUCCCAGUCCCUGCUGCUGAAAAACAUCCCCACAGCAUGAUGUUGCCACCCCCAUGCUUCACCGUAGGGAUGUUGCUAGGUUUCCUCCAGACGUGACGCUUGGCAUUCAGGCCAAAGAGUUCAAUCUUGGUUUCAUCAGACCAGAGAAUCUUCUUUCUCAUGGUCUGAGAGUCUUUAGGUGCCUUUUGGCAAACUACAAGCGGGCUGUCAUGUGCCUUUUACUGAGGAGUGGCUUCCGUCUGGCCACUCUACCAUAAAGGCCUGAUUGGUGGAGUGCUGCAGAGAUUGUUGUCCUUCUGGAAGAUUCUCCCAUCUCCACAGAGGAACUCUAGAGCUCUGUCAGAGUGGCCAUUGGGUUCUUGGUCACAUCCCUGACAAAGGCCCUUCUCCCCCGAUUGCUCAGUUUGGCCGGGCAGCCAGCUCUUGGAAGAGUGGUUCCAAACUUCUUCCAUUUAAGAAUAAUUGGGACCACUGUGUUCCUGGGGACCCUCAAUGCUGCAGACAUUUUUUGUACCCUUACCCAGAUCUGUGCCUCGACACAAUCCUGUCUCAGAGCUCUGCGGACAAUUAUUUGUACCUCAUGGCUUGGUUUUUGCUCUGACAUGCACUGUCAACUGUGGGACCAUAUAUAGACAGAUGUGUGCCUUUCCAAAUCAUGUCCAAUCAAUUGAAUUUACCACAGUUGGACUCCAAUAAAGUUUGGAAACAUCUCAAGGAUGAUCAAUGGAAACAGGAUGCACCUGAGCUCAGUUUCGAGUCUCAUAGCAAUGGGUCUGAAUACUUAUGUAAAUAAGUUUUUCUGUUUUUAAUACAUUUGCAAAAAAUCUAUAAACCUGUUUUCGCUCUGUCAUUAUGGGGUAUUGUGUGUAGAUUGCUGAGGAACAUUUUUAUUUAGUCCAUUUUAGAAUACGGCUGUAACGUAACAAAAUGUGGGAAAAGUCAAGGGGUCUGAAUUAUUUCCCAAGGCACUGCACAUUACUAUUACUAAAGUAGAGUUUAUAACGUUGUAUGCAGAAAUCUGUUUGUGUUACUCAGCAAUAAGUUAUGGAUAAGACAAAGAGCUGAUUGUCUAUGAGGGGAGGCACAUAGGCCGUGUUACUUACUCCAUACAAUCAGAUGGUCUCUCAUGAGUUUUUGGAUUGUGUUGGACUUCAAGAAACCCUAUUGGAUAUUAACAGUGUCAGAUUCUACUCUACAUUUAUUUUUCUCCCAGCUAAAGAGCCAAAUUGGUGUGACUAUUGGAUUAUGACCCCCCCACCCCUCAGGUAGCCUAGCGGUAAGAGGCAAGCCAGCAACAGGAGGGUUGCCAUUUCGAAUCCCAGGUACAAUUGGAAAAAAUUGGUUGGGAAGUGAGCUGGCAAUCAAAGGGUUGCUGGUAUCAAAUCCUAGAUGCCAUUGCCUGCCGUUAUGCCCUUGAUCAAGGCACUUAACCCCCCCACAACAACAGCUCCCAGGUCGCCCAGUGCGGGCACCUCUCCCUCCAAAAAUUGUGCGUGUCUUUUGGAGGGGUUGGGUUAAAAGUGGAAGUUAAAUUUCGUGUUGGACCUUGUAUGCAAUGACCAAUAAAAAGUGAUCUUCACCUCA